AUGCCUCGUUUCCAGGUUGGGUGGUACCGGUUCAUACCGUUCCUCGGGUACCACCAUGUGUUGAUGAUCCUCAUCGCCGUGGCCAUCAUCCUGCUGUCGCUUCUGCUCGCCGGGUGCUCGUCCUCGUCGCCGCUCAUACCCGACAUCUUCCUCCUGUCGCUCUACUACCAGCGCUACCAGGCCGUCCCGGACACGGCCCAGGUCGACUACAACGUCCACACCGCCAUCGAGAACAUUGCCGGCGGCGCCAGCCUCCAGGCCCGCGUUGGCUACUUUGGCAUCUGCGUCAACCCCGACGGCGGCUCCUGGCUGUGCAGCAACAAUGCCACGGCCCUGGCCAAGGAGGUGUCGGUCGACCAGGACCCGCUCAACCUCAUCUGGCUGGCGUCGCAGUUUAAGGACAUGAUUGUCUUUCCGUACCUGAUCAUCAUCGCCAUCAUCUUCGCCUUCCUCUGCCUCCUCCUGCUGGCCACGUUCCCCGGCUGGCACGAGGAGGAGGACUCGGAGGGCUCCGAGCGCGAGGUCAAGCCCUUCCCCUCGCGGCCCGUCUCGCAGAUCGCCCUCGCCAUCAUCUUCAUCUCGUCCAUCUUCGUCCUCGUCUCCGUCCUGUGGCAGCACACCGCCUCGGUCGCCGCGUCCGUCAUCGCGCAGGACUUUGGCAACGGCGCGGUCAAGAGCGGCGUGGGCACCAGCGCCAUGGUCAUGGGCUGGUUCUCGUUUGCCCUGCUCAUUGUCGUCACCAUCGGCUUGCUCGUCAUGAUAUUGAGCAUACGCGUCCUCAGCGGCAUGAUGCGGAAUUGA